CUUUGGGAGCUGAACACUUUUCCCAGACACUUUCACGUGGGGCACAAAGAAGGCUUUGAAGCUUCUAUUUCUUAAGCACAGCAGCGACUCAAAAUGCCUGAGAAGAUGGUCACGAUCUUUGGAGUCUCAACCGUACUUGGGAUACUGUUUGCAGCCUCUCAAGCCUUUAAAGUCGAGAUCUCUCCUGAAUACAGAACGAUUGCUCAGCUUGGAGACUCCAUGUCCCUGACUUGCAGCACCACAGGCUGUGAGUCCCCAUCUUUCUCUUGGAGAACCCAGAUAGACAGUCCGCUAAAUGGGAAGGUGCGGACUGAGGGAACCAAGUCCAUCCUGACCAUGGAUCCUGUCAGUUUUGAGAAUGAGCACUCGUACCUGUGUACAGCAGCAUGUGGCUCCGAGAAACUGGAGAGAGGAAUCCAGGUGGAUAUCUACUCAUUCCCUAAAGAUCCAGAGAUUCAACUGAGUGGCCCGCUGGAAGUUGGGAAGCCUGCCACGGUCAAGUGUUUGGCUCCUGAUGUUUACCCAUUUGACAGGCUGGAGAUGGAGCUAUUGAAAGGUGACCACCUCAUGAAGACUCAGGAGUUUCUAGAAGACAUGGAGAAGAAGUCUCUGGAAACCAAGAGUUUGGAAGUGACCUUUACUCCUGUCAUUGAGGAUACUGGAAAAGUUCUUGUUUGCCGAGCUAAAUUACACAUUGACCAAAUUGAUUCUGUACCCAAAGAAAGGGAGACUGUCAAAGAAGUGCAAGUCUACACCUCCCCAGCGAAUACGGUCAUCUCCGUACAUCCCUCCACUAGGCUUCAAGAGGGCGAUGCUGUGACAAUGACAUGUUCCAGCGAGGGUCUACCAGCUCCUGAGAUUUUCUGGCUCAAGAAAUUAGAGAAUGGAAUUCUACAGCCGCUCUCAGGCAAUGCAACCCUCACCUUAAUUGCUAUGAGGAUGGAAGAUUCAGGAAUUUAUGUAUGUGAAGCGGUUAAUCUGAUUAGGAGAGACAAAGCAGAGGUGGAAUUGAUUGUUCAAGAGAAGCCAUUUACUGUUGACAUCUCCCCUGGACCCCGGGUUGCUGCACAGAUUGGGGACUCGGUUGUCCUGACAUGUGCUGUUGUUGGCUGUGACUCCCCUUCUUUUUCUUGGAGAACCCAGAUAGACAGCCCCCUCAAUGGGGAGGUGAGGAGUGAGGGGGCCAAGUCCACACUGACACUGAGCUCUGUGAGUUUCGAGAAUGAACACUCUUACCUGUGCACUGUGACCUGCGUGCGGAGGAAACUGGAAAGGGGAAUCCAGGUGGAGGUCUACUCAUUCCCGGAAGACCCGGAAAUUGAGAUGAGUGGGCCCCUUGUGCACGGGAGCCCCGUCGUUGUUAACUGCACAGUCCCGAACGUGUACCCUUUUGACCAUCUGGAGAUUGAAUUACUGAAGGGGGAGACUACGCUGAUGAACAAAGAUUUUUCGGAGGAAAUGGGCAUGAAAUCCCUAGAGACCAAAAGUUUGGAAAUGACCUUCAUCCCCACCAUGGAAGAUACUGGGAAAGCUCUUGUUUGCCUGGCUAAAUUACACAGUGGCGAAACGGAAUCUGAACCCAAACAAAGGCAGAGUACACAGACUCUUUAUGUCAAUGUUGCCCCCAGCAAAACCACCAUCUGGGUCAGCCCCUCUCCUGUCCUAGAGGAAGGCAGUCCCGUGAACUUGACCUGUUCAAGCGAUGGUAUUCCAGCUCCAAAAAUCCUGUGGAGCAGACAGCUAAAUAAUGGGGAAAUGAAGCCUCUUUCUGAAGAUACUACACUCACCUUAAUGUCUACAAAAAUGGAAGAUUCUGGCAUCUACGUGUGUGAAGGGAUUAACCAGGCUGGAAUCAGCAAAAAGUCAGUUGAACUGAUUAUCCAAGGUGAGCAGGUCUCUCCAAAAGACAUACAGCUCACAGCCUUUCCUUCUGAGAGCGUCAAAGAGGGAGACACUGUCAUUAUCUCCUGCACUUGCGGAAACGUGCCCGAAACAUGGAUAAUCCUGAAAAAAAAAGCAAAGACAGGAGACUUGGUGUUAGAAGCGGUUGAUGGCUCAUACACCAUCCGAAAGGCACAGCUGCAGGACGCUGGAGUGUACGAGUGUGAAUCUAAAACUGAAGUUGGUUCACAACUAAGAAGUUUAACACUUGAUGUGAAAGGAAGAGAAAAUAACAAAAACUAUUUUUCUCCUGAACUCCUUGCGCUCUACUGUGCAUCCUCCUUGAUAAUACCUGCCAUCGGGAUGAUCAUUUACUUUGCAAGAAAAGCCAACAUGAAAGGAUCAUACAGUCUGGUGGAAGCACAGAAAUCAAAAGUGUAGCUGAUGUCUGACAUGUUCGAGAAAAAGACAUUAUUUAUAAACCCCAGACUUUUAAUACUCUUUAUCAUUCCACCUCUCCACUCCCCCAAACCAAGCUAAGCACUCAGACUUCCCAGAACCCUUCUCAGUAGAGAAGGAAAAAAAGUGGCUACUUGAGACCUUGCUGAAUGCAAGAAGUCAACCAGAAAUGUUCUGCGUGACAAGUCCCUAUCAUUGAAGUGACUGGAAAAGUCCCAUGAUGUGUAUAUAAAUAGCAUAGUCUGUAUAUAUGUAAAAUAAAAUUAUGCCAUCUCAAGGCUUUUAGAAUAGCAGCACUCCGUGUGCUGGUCAGAAUGUAAUCAGAAAGUGUUGCUUGGACUGACUGUUGGAGCUUAAUGCAUCUUAGGAAAGUUUAAUAUUAAUAUUAACGUUGACUAGGCAGCUGACCAGUGUCACCUUUUUAUGCUUUAUUUUCUUCAACCUAAUUUUAUUCCUAUGAAUUUUAUUGACAGUGAUUUCAUGUUUUAAAAAGAAGCCAGGGUUUUAUAUUUUUAUGGGCAAAUGGUAAAAAGGUCACUGGGUUGACUUUCAGGUACUAUAUUCCUAAUGAUUAAUAAGUUUUUUCUACAUGGUACAGUAUGGUACAGGGAUGUGUUUCUUCACUGGGAUCUUGUGUAAUAACUAACAUGCUUUAGAAGGCAACUUCUUUUGACUGAUCUUUUAUAAAUAGAACAGUAAACUGAAAUUUUCUGAACAUGGAAGAGUUGUGCUUCGUUUGUAAUAAAUUGUCUCUUUUAA